UGAGUGGCUCAUGAACAAUGUUUAAUAAAUACUAACUCUUAUCGGUAUUGCAAUACGAGUUAUUUUCGCUUGGUUGCCUUAUAAAGAAUAUAUAAGUUUGUUUCGAAACUAUUUUAUAGUUUUGAUAGCACAGAUAAGUAUGUUCUCGAAAAAAAUUGGAGUGGCUUUUGUUUGUAUUGUAGUCACGAGUGCUCUGGAGCCGACUGUUAAUUGUAGGGAUAGAAGUAACCAUUUACGACAAGAUGGCGGCCUUUGCUUCGAAAUACCGCCAUGGCAGCACAAGCCCGUGGAAGUUGAAGAGCAUUUGAAAAGGAUCAGACAGGUCUGGGGUAAUCAUUCUACGGAAAGGCGUACUAUUAAUCUACCUAGAUUGGCACUUAUUAACCGCGAAGUAAACCGAUACGUGGACACGGUUAUCGCGCCAUUUUUAGACACGUACCACAGAAACAUCCAGAACUCAUAUCAGCUACUUACGAACAAAUUCUUGAAAAGGAUCAAAGAUGAAAUAAACGUGGCGUUGAAAAAGAAACGCAAGAUCUAUACAGAGCUUACAGAGUUAGCGGACUCUUUGAAACUGCCAGAAAUGUGCAACGAAGAAAGACGAGCGACAAAAACACAAGCAAGCAAGCACGUCGCCCUAAUAUAUAAAUGCACGGAACAAGCCCGAUCCUCUAUAUCGAAAAUGGGCAAGUAUGCUGAAGAAAUGAUCAGCAUUACCCAAAAUCACAUGGGGAAUACGUUGGAGCUUGUUGGUAAAAAAAUAGAGAUGGUUCAGAAUUCGCCAGUGAUAUUUAAGACAAAUGUAACAGUUUCUUUAAAAGAACUCGCCAAAGCAGCUGUGGCGUUGGGAUACGAGCUAGAUCUUAGUCUGACUAACGCAAGACGUUACAAUGAACAGUCUUGCGAGAAGUUUACGAAUUGUUGUAUCAAAGCUAAGAGGAGUACCGAAGAGGCUGUAUAUGUACUGCGAGAACUUUUGUAUCAAUGCGUUUAUGCUUGA